GAAACGUGCAUAAACGACACUAACCAACCUGCUGCAGAAGGAGAUACUAAUUAACUGAAUGACCACUUAUUCCGUUGUUGUGUUUUAUUUUUCCAGUUAACUCAGACAUUACAGUGGACUACAACAGAAAUGUCCCUUUAUGAUGACCUGGGGGUUGAGACCAGUGAUGUAAAAGCAGAAGGCUGGUCCAAGAACUUUAAACUUCUUCAGAGUCAGCUACAGGUGAAAAAAGCAGCCCUCACGCAGGCAAAGAGUCAGCGAUCAAAGCAGAGUACAGUUCUUGCUCCAGUGGUUGACCUCAAGCGAGGCAGUUCAGCUGAUGACAGGCAAAUUUCCGAUACUCCUCCUCAUAUUGGUGCUGGAUUAAAGGACUCAUUGCCAAGUGGGUUCUCUUCAGGAGACGUUUUAAUUCCUUUAGCUGAUGAAUAUGACCCAAUGUAUCCUAAUGACUUUGAGAAAGUGGUCAAACGGCACAGGGAGGAAAGGCAGAGACAGCGUGAGCUUGAGAGACAAAAGGAGAUUGAAGAGAGAGAGAAGAGACGAAAGGAAAGACAUGAAGCAAAUAGUGGUUUCUCCAGAAGGCCUGAUCCUGAAUCUGAUGAAGAGGAGGAUUAUGACAGAGAAAGGCGGAAGCGAAAUACAGGAGGAGCCACAAUUGCACCUCCGAGUUCUUUGGUUGAAAAAGACAGAGAACUUGUAGCUGCAUCGUAUGGGUAUGAAGAGGAAACCAGGCCUCGUAUUCCCUCUUCUAAAGCAGCAAUUCCACCACCAAUGUAUGAUGAACCAGAACGAGCCCGAUCCCCACCACUUCCUAGUAGCUCUUUUAUUGCAAACAUGGGGGGGACAGUGGCUCAUAAAAUUAUGCAAAAAUAUGGUUUCAGAGAGGGUCAGGGUCUUGGGAAACAUGAGCAAGGUUUGAGUACAGCCCUUUCUGUUGAAAAAACCAGCAAGAGAGGAGGGAAGAUCAUUGUGGGAGAUGUUACAGACAAAUCAGCAGCAAGUCAAACUGCCAUACCUGGAAAUGAACUACCUUUGUGGGCUUCAGAUUCAUCAAAAAAAUCAGAGGGAAAUCCAUUAACUGAGAUUUUGAAGUAUCCUACAAAGGUUGUGUUGCUUCGGAACAUGGUUGGCGGUGGAGAAGUUGAUGAAGACCUUGAAAGUGAAACAAAGGAGGAAUGUGAGAAAUAUGGAAAAGUUGUUAAAUGUGUAAUUUUUGAGAUAUCUGGAGUACCUGAUGAGGAAGCUGUAAGGAUAUUCCUUGAAUUUGAAAGAGUGGAGUCUGCAAUAAAAGCUGUUGUUGACUUAAAUGGAAGAUACUUUGGUGGACGUGUGGUCAAGGCUUGUUUUUACAAUCUUGACAAGUUCAGAAUUUUGGACCUUGGAGAACAGGUGUGAGCCACACUUGAUUGGGUCACUAAAUUACCGGGACCAUACAUGACUUAAUUUAUUAUUAUAGAAAACUGAUACACAGAAUGAAGGAAGGAAAAACGUAUGUCAAAAAGUUGAUAUUUUUUUUUAUUUUUGUUGAUUUAAAAACCUUUCCCAACUAGGAGACAGUGCUAAAUAAUAGUGGGUAUGAGUGAAUUUUAAAAGAUUGGCUAAGAAAUGGCACUGUUCUUAAUUACAUAUAUUUUUGAAAGUUACCACCUUAUUAUUGAAAUGUUAAAAAGGUUUAAAAUACAGAUACCAUAUCUUGGAAAUUAUAUGUGUAGAUUUAUGGGAGGCUGAUAGAAGUUCCAAAAAUAGAUUACAUGCAUUUCGAAAAUCCCACCCCACAGAGUGACAGAGAUGUAGGCUAAACAAUUGAGGCAGUGGAUAUACAAACCCAACAAGCUGGGAAGCAUUUUAGUUGUAUGUUCAAAUUUUACACGGUAACUUAUCAUGUAGAGGCUCACAUGGAAUUAAUAAGAUAUUUGAAAACAAAGAUAUAGUGAUAUUUUAGGACAUGACAGGUAGGAAAAGCUUUGUUUAUUCUAUCAGUCUCUUUUACAAACAGCAGUUAGUCAAAGUUCUCAAAAUGUCUGAAACUUUAAAAUGUGUUUUGUUUGUUUUCAUCUUUGAAUUUAUAAAAUAACAUUUCUUUUGGAAAUGGCUAUCAUUUUGCAUGACCAUACUAACAGUAGAAAAAGUGAGAGUAUAAAUGACCAGUACUUUAUAUAUUACUUUGCCCUUCUUUUUUUUUUUUUUUCUUCUCUUCAAUGCACCAUAUAUCUUGAGAGGUUAAGUGUCAGCUUAAAAUAGUCACCUUCCUUCCCCUAUGGGAUGACUGUGUGUAUUAUUAGCCUUGUUGAAAGGUGAUGCAAAGAUAUUAUGUAACAACUAUGUAAAACACAAAGGGAGCUUAAAAUUAUCCCAACCUUUAGACCUUUUUAAAUUUCAUCUGAUAAUUUGUUUUCCCCAGGGUUAAUUUUGUUUUAAAGUCACAAUGGAUUGAAAGGAGAAUAUUAUUACUGAAAUGUACUGUUACUCUUUCAUUAUGCAACUUCAGUUACAUCGUCUUCAUAUAGAAGUUUGGAAAGAGAAUUCUCACGUAUUCUGGUUUAUGUUCAUUAAUUAUCUCUGUAUAUGAAAUGAUGUUAAAUUUGUCAGAGGUGAUUUGGACAAUAGGUCCAGUACAAACAGACAUUGGUGAUCAGUUUUCUAAGUGUUUAUUAUGUAUAUUUUUCUUUGUUAUUGUUUAGUGUUGGCAACAAUCCUUCAUAGUUCACACAUGGCACAAAAUGUGUUUAUUCAAGUUGUAAUAGUACAAGACUUUUGAAAAACUAUGUAUUUUUAAUAAAAAAAA